AUGAACAAGUCCAAACAAAAGCAGACUUCGAUAAGUUCGUUUUUCAAACGACCUGUUAAGACUGUAGAAGCCAAAAAUGACGUUGCUGAUGUGUCGUCAGAUGCUUCUUCUCGGGUAUCCAGGGGUUCUAAGAAUAUGGUGGCGGAUCAGAUUGAUUCGGCGGAAGACUCACUAACUAAAGAACCUACCUCUCGGGGUGUAAAACGGUCUGCUCCUACUAGAAAGUCUGAUUCAGAUAACCAUAUCAUUACAAAUAAAAGGAUAAAAGCGUCCGAGUCGCAGAAUUCCAACCAUGUGCAGAGUAGGUCAGUGGAUCCAAUCAGGACGAAGCCAGCCAGUGCUUCUUUGCAGAAUGGUGGGAAAUCUAAUCCGAGAAGUAAGCUGUUAGCCUAUCAGUUUACAAAAUCCAAAAAUAUAAAAAAGGAACCACUUUCUCAGGAACAGCAGGAAUUACAUGAUCUGUUUCUGGCUAAGUUGGGCAAGCCUGGAAGUCUCGAGAAAAUUAGACAGCGGUUGAGACAGAAUGGGCCAGAUGCUAAUGCCACACCUGGUGAAACGUCUGGAGACAGUACCUCUAGUACAGCUAUAGGGGAAGAUACAGAUAAUUCCGAGGUCGGGGCAGAUGGCAAUGACAGCAGCGCACAGGACCAUGACGUAAAUAGUAGCGAUUCGAGUGCUAUAUCGCUUGGCCGUUUUGCAAGUGGCGUUGGUACUGCUACAAAGUCAGGCACUACGUGCUCUACCGGUCAUGUGAAAUUGACACCAAUGGAUGAACAGUAUGUGGCACUUAAAAAGGACUAUCCUGAUGCCAUCAUUCUUGUCGAGGUGGGCUACAAAUACAAGAUCUAUGGAUAUGAUGCUGUGUUGGCAGCAAAGGCGUUUGGAUGGAAUGCUGUUCCCGGUAAGCUUAGCAUAGAUAACUCCCACCCAACAGAUCAUCUGUAUAAAACAUUCGCCAGCACCUCGUUCCCCAUACAAGCUCUAGAUAGGCGAGUACGUAAUUUGGUAGACAAAGGAUUCAAGGUGGGAGUUGUGCAGCAGAUGGAGACAGCUGCUAUAAAGUCUGCAGGGAGCAAUAAGAGCAAGCUAAUGAAACGAGAACUUACCUUCAUGCACACAAAGGGAACGUUUUUGGAAGAAUUCCAACAUCAAUCCCAGGGUCAGUUCAGUUCUCUGUCCAUGUCGGGUGGAUAUAUUCUUUGUGUUUGUACGGGGGAGAAGAAGACUCCGUUGUCACCACUAUCAUUUGGACUAGUUGCAGUUCGUGCUUCAACUGGUGACAUCAUUGUAGAUGAGUUUAUUGAUACUCCUCUGCUAACUGAAUUUGAAACCAGGUUGCUUCAUAUUCAACCAUGUGAAGUACUAAUCGUGGGUGAGGUACCGACUAGCGUCGACACCAUGAUCAAAAGACUCUCCAUAAGAGGCACCCAGCACGCUGCUGACUCGGCAAUUCGAGUUGAAAGUCGGCCAAAACUUCAAGAAGCGGAAGCGUCUUCUCUGAUUAAUAAUUUUUAUGCUAGAAAUGAGUCAGUUCUUCCGCCGACAGUCCUCACCUCGCUUUCAUCACUGUCUCUUGCCUCGUUGAUAGGAUAUCUUGAAACUUUCAAGCUACAAGAUGUAUUAUACCUGACGAACAACUUCACAACUUUUACAAGUCGAAAUCAUAUGCUGCUCAAUGCUAAUACCCUCACAAGUUUAGAAAUAUUUCAAAAUGAAACAAACUUUUCAGAAAAAGGCAGUCUGUUUUGGAUUUUAGAUCACACUCGUACUCCUUUUGGGCAGCGUCUAUUAAAGUCCUGGUUGGCUAAACCUUUAGUAGAUCGUGAGCAACUAGAACUUCGAGUGGAAGCAGUAUCUGAGCUGGUGUCGAGCUAUCCAGAUAAAAUACACAAGAUUGCACAGAUCAUGAAGAGAUUACCUGAUAUGGAGAAGGGAUUAAUUCGUCUAUAUUAUAAGCGUACGACGCGUAAACAGCUGUAUUUCACGCUUGAUUUUCUUCGAGAAAUUUCGGUGGCCUUUUCUGAGCUUAAUCCUGAAAAGGUUGGGUUUGGAUCCAAAGUCUUGAAUGAAUUAUUUGCUUUAUUGCCCAAAUGCCGUGAGAUAGUUAUCCAAGCUCUUUCCCAUAUUAGCCCAGCUGCUGCCAAAGAGGAUAGAAAAGAAGACUUUUUUAAAGACGACGAUUUCGAAGAAUAUGAAAACAUUACUGAUCAGAAAUUGCUAAUUGCUGAUAUCGAUAAGAAGCUGUCUGAUCACCUUGAACUGCUUCGAAAACAGUUGGAUAUGCCAAAACUGGAGUACAAAUCAAUACAACUCACAAACUACCUGGUUUUGAUCCCGAAAUCAAAGGCGAAAACAGUUCCAAAAGAUUGGAUUCGCGGGGGCAGCACUAAAGACGCUCACGGAUACCACACACCGGAAGUGCGAAAACUGCUUAAAGAAAAAGAGUACCAUCGAGAAAAGUUAUCGUUAGAAUGUGAUUCUGCUUUGUCAUUAUUCCUUGACGAUCUUGUUCACCAUUAUGAGCAAUUUAGAGAAGUGAUAUCAGCUGUUUCGCAGAUCGAUUGUCUUAUGUCACUAGCAGCGGCAUCUUCAAAUUCUAAUUACACCCGUGUUCAAUAUGUGGAUACACCAUACAUCCAAAUCAAAGACGGAAGGCAUCCCAUGGUAGACCAGCUUCUCUCUAGCGGUUCAUUUGUCCCAAAUAGUGUAGACAUGUCUCAUGACGUUAACAGAAGUUUGAUAAUCACUGGGCCCAAUAUGGGCGGAAAAAGCUCGUAUGUGCGGCAGGUAGCGUUGAUUUGUAUAAUGGCCCAAAUUGGGUGUUUCGUGCCUGCUGAGAGUGCUACUUUAGGCAUUGUCGAUGCUAUUUAUACUCGAAUGGGUGCAUACGAUAAUAUGUUGGCUGGUGAAUCUACUUUUAUGGUCGAACUUAAAGAAUGUGUGGAUAUAAUUAACAAUGCUACCGAGAGGUCGCUUGUGAUUUUGGACGAAAUUGGAAGAGGCACUGGCACUAUGGAUGGUGUGGGCAUUGCACACGCAGUUUUAUCCCACUUUAUUACAGAUAUUAAGUCACUUACACUAUUUGUUACUCAUUAUCCACUGCUGGCAGAGUUUGAAAACGAAUAUCCUGGCAUUGUUUCUAACCACCACAUGGGAUUUUUAGAAAGAGAUGGCGAGUUUGGUAAGGAGAUAACUUUCUUGUUUACAUUGGAAACAGGUAUAGCUCAUAGAUCUUACGGACUCAAUGUUGCACGGCUAGCAGGCGUCCCUUCGUCCAUCCUACAUCUAGCCAGAAUUAAGUCAGAAGAGUUGGAGAAAAGGCUAAUAGCACGACGAAGUAUGAAACAGGCAAUUAAGGAUGCCAUCCAGUUAAAAAGGGCUCUUGUGACAACCUAA